UUCAACUUGCGUCCGCCGUGUUAAUGUUAGUCGCUGUUAGUCAACAGCUGGAUGACUAACGCUUUUGCCGCGCUGAAUUCGCGACGACAUCAUGUCGAUAUCCUAAUCAAUCCGACGCCAUUGACAAAGUCAUCUCAACGAUACCAAAAAGACAACCAAGCCUACACAACAUGCAGCAGUCAUUACGCAUGCCCGACUUGCUGAUUACCCUAGCGCUCUUAAUCUUAGCUACCUCAUCAUCCGCCCUAGAAUACAAAGCGUAUCUCUCCCAACAUGGCCUCCAUGGCACAGUCACCUUCACCCAAGACUUACAAGGAUCUCUCACAAUCCGCAAUCAACUUGAACCAACUCUACAAUUCCCCAAUCAAGUAUGGCAAUGGUCAAUCACAGAAUAUCCUGUGGACUAUACCCUCCUCACCGAUCGCUGCGCCAACCUAGGCCACACAAUUUACCGCCUCGACGACCAUUUUGGUAAUCUCUACAUCCCCGAAAAUGGUACCGCAGAAUACACUAUACCUCAUAAAAACCUACAAAUCUACAGUCGUUCUCUACUCCUGGAACGAAUUCGGGAAAAAAUAUGCUCUACAUUAUCACUCACAGGUGAUAAGUUAGAAAAAACAGCGACUGCGAAAUUCAACUCGCCUGUUUCGGGAAGAGUGCAUUUCCGAUGGUUUUCUACAAAAGAUCACCAGAAAGAUAUGAUGAUCAUGGCGGAUCUGUUCCAUGUGAAAAACGUGGAGAAAUUUAAUAAAACUUUGACCCCGUUUACACAACACAAGUGGAAAAUCCUCACAACGGAUAUCCUAGAUUCAGACGUAGAAAAAAACGAGAUAAACUGUAAUAUCCUACAGAGUGUCUUCGACCCAGCUGGGUUAGGAGACGGAAAAGGUAUCGGAGACAUAGAUAACCGAAUUGGAAUGGUAAAAAUAUCAACGGAUUACAACAAGAGAAAGUAUAAGACUGUCUAUCGAGAUGUAGGGUUAGAAUUGCUCCCAGGGGAUUUGACAGGACCUCAAAGGAGGUUAUUCCUGGUGAUUUACGAAAGCCAUCAUGAGGAUAGCUUCCUAGGAUGUGCGAAAAUUCAAUAUGAUCAUCCAGUCACAGCAAAGGUGGUCAUCCAAUCAAGUGGGAUCACCGGAGAUGUCAGGUUAUCCCAACGUAAUCGUUUUGAACCCACAUUUCUCAAUUUCAACAUCUCCACUGCCCGCGGGGACUUAGAAACUAAACUAAUCUACAGCUCCACUGUAGGUGCUAUGAAAAUCCAUGAAUUACCCAUGAUUCCUUCCACAACAGUAGAACCCAUGGAGAAUCCAUGUCUCACCACCAAAACAACCUAUGACCCUUUGAAACUUAACUUAGACAACCCCCCACCGGAUGGUUUUGGAACCCAGGACCAAUACAAAAUCGGAGACAUCUCCGGAAAGCUCUACAAACGCAAUAACCUCACUUUAUUAGUGGAGGGAAGUCGGGAUCUAAGCGGGACCUACUGGGAUAUCUUCCUACCACUCAUGGGACGUGAUUCCAUCAUUCACAGAUCCCUAGUAAUCUAUAAAAACGCCCAAUUAACAAAAACAUCUAAUAAUGGAGUGGAACCAUGGAUAUGUGGCUCUGUUUCCCUUUAUGAACCAAAUUUUGAGCACCAGAAGCAAAUCGCUACCGCCCAGGUCAUCUUCCGAUAUCCUCUAGUAGGAAGGAUAUUAUUCCGACAGAUUAAAGAUGAACCCUGGACGGAUACAACCGUUUUGGUGGAGUAUUUAGUUCAUGCGGAUGGUAGUGCUGUGAAUAAUUCCAUGGACCAUCGAUGGGCCAUUCAUGAGAACCCACCGGGGAAGGACUUUUACAACUGGACAGCGCGAUGUGUAAGCGCAGGGAAUAUUUACAACCCGUAUAAAAUAGAUUAUGAUAAUUUGACGUUCCAUGAGGAUUGUAACAAGGAUGCAGUUGGAGUUUGUAGACUUGGGGAUAUGUCUAAUAGGCUUUCAAGGUUGGAUAUUGCAGGUCGUAGGGUGGAUAGUGAUCAUGUUUCACGGAAAGUGUUAACUGAUGGGUUUCUACCUUUGAGUGGGAAGUAUAGUAUCAUUGGGAAGUCGUUUGUGAUGUAUGAUGAUUUUGGGCCGGUUGCACGUGGGGAAAGGCUUGCUUGUUCAAUUAUUGGAGGAUUGUAUAGAAGGAAAGCAGUUGUCCGGGAUUGGUUCCCCAAUGGUGGGAUGGCAACAGCCAAGGGUAAAAUUGAGUUUAUUCAACAGACAGAGUAUGAUAUCACUAAUGUAGAGGUGUCCUUGGAGGAUCUGAGUGCUAACAGUGGUUACCACAUUCAUAUGACUUCAGUUGAAGAAAAUCUGGAGUUUCCUUGUGAAUCCAGCUCACUUUAUGAUCACUUUAACCCCAGGAAGGUUGAUCCCGACACUUCACCAACACUCUAUCAGGGUACAACUGACCAGUAUGAAUUGGGAGAUCUAAGUGGUAAAUUCGGCACGCUUGACAACAGCACCAUCUAUACGGAUGUGUAUAAUGAUACACUUUUACCUCUGUUUGGACGUCAGAGUAUACUUGGGAGAUCAGUUAUUAUACAUAAAAAAAAAAACAAUGAACGUUGGGCAUGUUCAACUAUAGAACGCGGUUAUUCUCCGUCGGAGGCACGUGAAUUACGAGCAAUUGCAUCGUUUCAUCAUCCAUCAGGAUUCGCAUAUGGUUAUAUGAGAUUGACACAAUUGGUUUAUAAUGAUGGCAGCAUGAGUGAUACGAUUAUAGAGGUUAAGUUGAGACAUCCUGGCAAACACGACAGAAACGUUACGCGUGAUCACAACUUUGCCAUUUUUGUCAACCCGGUCGGAGUGGACGCUGCUGUACAAACGCAGGCAACCCGUUGUGUCGCUGGCGGUUAUGUAUGGAACCCGUUUUACACUCAACUAGCUGAUCCACUAAACGAGGAUUUAUACAAUAAAGAAUGCGGUCCGGAGAAUCCUCUGCGUUGUUACGUCGGUGACUUGUCCGGCCGACUGGGAACGAUUGAUAUAGGCUUGAAACGUAAAGUUUUCUCUGAUUCUAAUACACCACUAGAGGGCGCUGUUACUGCAAUGGGUAGAUCUAUUGUUAUAAAAAGUCCGAAUCGCCGUCCGGAACGCUACGCAUGCGCAAACAUAGAACCAGAUAAUGAUAUCAUCAAAUACGCUAAUAUCGAACGUCCACCACGAUUUGUCCUGGCGCAAUUCAUAGAAGAUAUACGUGAAGUUAUGGGUAUCCCCGAAUGGUUUCUUACUGUAGACUCAAGAAAAACAAAGAAUUUACACGGUAAUUCAUGCGUGCAGAUCCUACUGCACUUCAAGGGACCAAUCGCAAGCCAAUUGGAACUGGACUUUACAAAGUUACUUACUGUCGGCCGAUUAGAGUCGCCAUCUUUGUAUAUUCCCGGAUACUAUAACAGCAAACGCAAACCAAAGAUCUCGUACAAAUUAUGCGGCGUGCGUGAUCCCAACGAAAAGCAAAAGAGUGGCAGACGUAAAAGUCUCUUGGGUCUUGUCAGCAGUGCAUCCACCAAUUCACCUCCUGUUAUAUUGUUAACUAUUGUUUUAUCUUGUUAUUUUAUUAAUUCGCAAUAAAAUCAAAACUGGUUGCAUAGUUUAAAUCGUAUAAACAAAUUAAAGAGAGUAAACUUUACGUUGUAAUGAUAAUAAAGAUAAUAAUAAUGCAAUAA